GUUGUCUUGUUCGAUCUCUGAUUUCCUGGUCAGAUGAGAGCACGGAAAACACCUCAACAAAGCAUCACUCUCACUGUCUAUCUCACCAGAAGCAUCUUAUCAAUAUAACUUGAACGACCAAGUGAUCGCGCCGAGUAAAGGACUAAAUUGAAGUAAAUCUGCGUGUUCUUCCUGUAACGUUACCCGAGUUGAAGAUGUCUGCGUCCGCUGGCGGUGCUGGAUCCCCGGGCUCGGCCCUCUCCGCCGGUUCGCCUGCGGCUCCCGGCCCCGGCAUGUCCAUGUUCCGAUGGCUGGAGGUGCUGGAGAAGGAGUUUGACAAGGCGUUUGUGGAUGUGGAUCUGUUACUGGGAGAGAUCGACCCGGAUCAGGCUGAUAUCACAUAUGAGGGCCGUCAGAAGAUGACCAGUCUCAGCUCAUGUUUUGCUCAGCUGUGUCAUAAAGCCCAAACCAUCUUCCAGCUCAACCACAAAGUAGAGGCUCAGCUGGUGGACUUGCGGUCGGAGCUGACGGAUGUCCAGGCGGAGAAGGUCGUGGUGGAGCAGGAGGUUCACGAACAGCUUUUGCAACUCCACGCCAUGCAGCUCAAACUCCAAGCCAAAGGAGGCCAGGCGGUCGACUCAGACUCUAUCAAGGACAGGAUGCCUGUUUCCUCAGUGGAGGACAAGGAGAAGGAACUGGAGGCCAGUAAGAAAGAGAAAGUGAAGGAGGCUAAGUUGGAGGCAGAGGUGAAGAUGCUGAAGAAAGAGAACGAGGCCCUCCGCAGGCACAUCGCGGUCCUACAGGCUGAGGUGUAUGGAGCCAGACUGGCGGCAAAGUACUUGGACAAGGAGCUGGCUGGGCGGGUGCAGCAGAUCCAGUUGCUCGGGCGAGACAUGAAAGGACCAGCUCAUGACAAACUGUGGAACCAGCUUGAAGCGGAGAUUCACCUGCACCGCCACAAAACAGUGAUCCGAGCCUGCAGGGGGCGCAAUGAUCCCAAGAAGCCCUUGCCAUCACCUGUGGGGCAUGAAACAGAUUCUCUGAAAAAGACUCAAGGAGUCGGCCCUAUACGUAAAGUGGUUCUGAGCAAAGAAGAUCAUGAAGGACUUGGCAUCUCCAUUACUGGUGGGAAAGAGCACGGUGUCCCCAUACUCAUUUCCGAAAUCCACCCCACCCAGCCUGCAGAGCGUUGCGGAGGACUGCAUGUGGGAGAUGCCAUCUUAGCCGUCAACAACAUCAACCUGAGAGAUGCAAAGCACAAAGAGGCAGUCACCAUCCUCUCACAGCAGAGGGGGGAAAUCGAGUUUGAAGUGGUUUACGUGGCUCCAGAAGUGGACUCUGAUGACGAGAACGUAGAGUAUGAAGAUGACAGCGGACACCGCUACCGUCUGUACCUGGAUGAGCUGGAAGAGGGAUCAGGAGCCAAUCACAACAAUGGCACUGCUGACCCCGCCUCUCUACAAGCUGUAGGGAAGCACUUAGUGAACAACAGAACAGAGAAUGGAGACACCGGCUUGUCCAGUGAAAGCCCUUCAGACGACAAGACCUCCAAGACAGCAGAGUCUGCAGAGAGUUCCUCUUAGAUCUCCAGCCUACGAGAAGAACGGAGAGCAGAACGAGAUUAAGACUGCACAUGUAUAAUAUGUAACAUACGAGAUUCUUCUUGUUUAUGCCGUAUGGAGAACAGACUGCUUCGGCGUCCACUGGAGAUGGAUGAACCACUGAGAAACACUGAGAGAAGAGGACAUAAUAUUACUAAGCGGCCACAAAGGAUUGCUUGCAAAUGUAUGUCACGAUCUUGGUUUAUGGCUGCAAAGAAACACUUGACGGGACAAAAUGACCAUCUACGUAGAUGACUAAAGCGAUUGGAUGGAA